AUGCUGCUGAGAGCUUCUUCGCUACUCUGUUCUUCGACCUCUGUCACAUUCACACCAAUUCAACUACUCAAUCCGAAUAUUUCUCCUCAUUUCCAAACCUUGGAAGUAUCUCGUCCCGUCUCGGCUUUGUCUCGUGCCCGAUGUCACUUCAGUUUCCUGGAUGCUCGUGGAAAAUCCAGCUUCAUCGUUCGUAGCACUGCUACUCAGGAAGUUGUGGAGACCAGUAGUAACAGUGGACUGGACUUGGUUGAGGUUGGAUUCUUGUCUGGUGUUCAUGGCCUACAAGGAGAGAUUUGCAUCAAACCAAACACUGAUUUUCCAGAUUUACGCUUCUCUAAGCCUGGUAGAAGAUGGUUAAAACAACAACUGUUAGGACAAGACAAGAUCGAAGAGGUCGAAUUAGUCGAAGGAAGACCUCAUCCUGCUCAGAAGAGUUGGAUUCUCAAGUUUCAAGGCUUGGACGAUGUUGAUCAGGUGAGACAGCUCGUUGGAGCAACUCUUCUUGCUGAGGAAGACGAUCGUCCUGAGCUUGACGAAGGAGAGUUUUACACUCGUGAUCUUAUAGGCAUGAGAGUUCUUCUCAAGGAGACUGGUCAACUUGUUGGAACUGUUGAUAAUGUUUUUGACAAUGGAGGAAACGAUCUUCUACAUGUCUUGCUUGAUUCAUCCAUGGAAGUUUCCAAUGGGAAUAAUACAAAGACGAACCAGCUUGUGUGGAUACCUUUUGUAGAUGCAAUUGUCCCCGACGUUGAUAUGGAGAGAAAGGAGAUGUAUAUAACUCCUCCGAAAGGACUCCUCGAGGUGAAUAUGCGAGCAGAUGAACGUUCCAAGAAAGAAAGGCGUCAGCUUGAGUGGAAAGAAAGAAAGAAACAGCAGAAGCGGCUUCUUGCUGCUAAAAAGAAGUUAUGUGAAUUGGAGCAGAAGCAUGUGUUUGAUGGAUUAAGGUUCGGAGAAAAGUCUCAACGGAAUUUGCUUGCUGAGAAUAUCGUUGACGUUAACUCAACUCUGCUUCAGAAAGCUUUGCAAAGUAUUGAGAAUUCAUCCAAGAAAAGAUGGAAUGUGACUGAGGAAAUCAACGCACUGAGAGCUAGAGUAUCGGAAUGUAAUCUAAGUGUAUCUCGCGAGUGCCUUAGUUUCGAUGCAAGUAAAGAGAAAGUGGGUGCUAACUUCACUUUCCUUCAACAAGGGAAAAGUCUAUUCUCGGAAGGAAAAGUAUCUAUCUGUUUGGCUCUCAGUGAUCUUGAGAAAGAACAUGUAGAAGAAGAUAAUGGUCCAGUCUCGUACCUUGUUACUCUACUUGAUGAUGAGCAGAGGUUCCCAAAGGAAGAAGAACGUUCUUGUGUGCCAUUAGUCAUAGUUUCUCCUGAACAUGCUAUUGAAGCUCUGCAGAAGCUUUUUCAGGAUAAUGAUCAUUUUGGAUUUGAAUCAGAAAAGAUCUGGUUUCUGAAAGAAGAAACUCUUCCCGUAGUUUGUAGCUCACCGGAGGAACCGAAAAAGCACAAGAUUUUGAUGAAAUCGCCAUGGGAGAUACUUAAGUCUCCGGUUGGCUCUGGCGGAGUCUUGAGCAUCCUUGCUUCACAUGGAGUCACAGAAUCUCUUUCCAGCCUAGGAAUCGAUUAUCUUCAGGUACACAGCAUCGAAACAAAGUCGCAAGAUUUGCAGCAUUGCAUCAGUCCGAUGCUUGCUGGAUUCGUGAGCGCAAAAGAAGCAGAGAUUGGGAUCCAGGUGGCAGGAGAAUCUGAAGUCGAGAACUUGGAAAUGAUAUUCUCGGUGAAGUUUCUGAAGAGAUUGAAGGGUAAAAUUGAGUUUGACGCCGUUAUGAAGAUGAAUUCACAUGUUCAGAAGGUUGAAAACGAGUGGGUCGAGUCGGUCCCAUCAAAGCCAAACUCGUUUGCGUUUCGUUCUGAUAUUUACAGAGUUUUGAGUGAAUGUUCUUCUUCACCAGCUAAGAUUUGUUUGAUGAACAUCACAAUGUAG